AGCUGGCGAGCUCAUUUUAAACUAGAUGUAACGAAGUUGUGUCAAGAGAACAGUGGCUGCCUGGGUGAAGUAAACUCUCCUUGUCAUAUGUCUGCGAUGGAGCAUGGGGUCGUCCGGCCAAUCACAGCAGUGGCGUGGACCUCCAACACCAGCACCUGCCCCGUUAAUUUCACACUUAUCAGCAUCACAGAGGACGGAGCAGCGGCCAACUUCACACGCAGCUUUGCGAUGAAAUCUGGAUAUUACCUGUGUUACAGCAAGAACCUGACAGCUGGUAUGGUCGUGUCGGACAUUCAGCUCAUCUCAGACAAGGAGUCUAUUCCUCACGGUUACGGCUAUAUAGCAGAGCACCUCGAAUCAAAGGCCUCCGUUUGGAAGAAGAAGCGUGUGUGUGUCCGCGUGGUCCCAGUGGGCAGUGUUGACACAGCUGUGUUGGAUAUCAAAGUGACUGCCAAAAGCAAAAUGAUGCUGCAGCACUACACAUAUGUGGGAGACGUCCACGGCUACGUGUUGUGGUGCAGAAAGGGACACUUCUCCACCCCCACGCCUCAAGCAAAGCCCCGCAGCGUCAGCCUGGACAUCCACAGACUCUCAUCGGAGCAGCCGGCCGCUCUCCUGCCCCUUCGACCCAGCAAUCCCCCUCAGCUAGUGCCACACAAUAAAAUGAGUCAGAGGCGCCACAGCCUCCACAUGAAGGACAACUCGGACAAACCCGCGGAUUCCCAGGGGAUCACAGCUUUAGAUGGAGUUCCCUUUAGCCUUCACCCAAAGUUUGAUAUCCAGGCAAACAGCACGGCCCUUGAACUGAACUCUCAAUUAAACAACAUUCGUUUCAAGUCUUUUCAAGACAUUGAAAAUGAGUAUAACUACACUUUUGCGAUGGAGGAAUCUGCCGCAAAGAGGACGAGACCAUCAGUGCCAACAGAAGGCGCCCAAACAGCUCAGUGAUCUUUGAACUUUGACAAAGCAACAAUAUCAGACUUGUGUGCUUCACUCGUCCAGUGUAACACGGUAUGGUACGGACGAAGGAUAAUCACGGCUUCUAACAUUAGGCACGACAAUCGUACUUCAGAGAGUUCUUCAUUUCUCUUGCGUUCCUUUUUAUUUGUCUCUCGUGCCAAGUCUUUACUCCGUCACCAUCUUCAAGCAUUCCACGUUUUUAUUUGCCAAAUUAAAAGCCCGUUUGAAGGAAAUCAUACUCGAAAUGAUAUCGUUGCCUUAAAAUGUUUCGAGACAGUUACAGGGUCGAAGGUGUAAUGAAUAUCCAAAUCUGUACAGUAUCUGCUAUUUGGGACGACGCAUCUGCAGCUUUAUGCACAACUUUUUCCAGAAUGUAGAUUAAUUGUAUGCUUUAAAAAAUGCUCAAUCAUGUAAUAAAUAAUUUGUUAAGCAGAGCUGUAAUGUUGAAUUUAGCUGCAGACGUCGAACUGAACUCCAUAGAAACAUUAACAUAUUUAAAUGUAGGAUAUAGUGUAUUUUUUCAUGAUGAGUAGGGUAUUGUUACAGGUAAUACAUAAUAUAUCGUAUUUUAAGGGGAAUGGAGGAAGGUUGUAUAUUUAGCUUUGUGUGGGGGGGGGGGGGAGAUAAUCUGGUUGUUGGUUGUGGUUUUUUUAAAUUAUCAGUAUAAAUAAGGACCAAAUAUUUAUCUUUGUCAUUGUACAAUACAAACAUGUUGUUUUAUUGACUGCAUAGUCAGCUUUUAUUGCAUGGAAAAAAAUAAAAACCAAAGAAACUACGA